GAGGCAGGGAAAAAAAUGCUGGCCAAACAAAUUGGGACGAACACCAUUGUUUCCAUCCACAAUGCUCCCAAGGUCCGUCAGCAACUCCGUAGCGCCGAUGAAGACAGCUACACGCCGCACAGCGUGCCGAUCGGCCCUUACCAUCGCACUCAUCCGUCUCCGUGGAUUGUAAAAGAAAAGCUGCGGUAUGUCGGCUUCAUGCAGAGUCUCUCCGAGAGAUACAAGGGAGGUGGCCUUAAUGGUCUAGUGGAGGAAUUGGAGCCAGAAGCAAGGGAAUGGUACGGCGACGGGGUCGCCCACAUGACGCCGGAGGAGUUGGCGAGGAUGCUGCUGCAUGAUGGGUGCUACCUGUUGGGUUGGUUGGGGAACUAUCCAGACGCCCCUCAAACAUCCUGCCACGACCACAACACGGUGUUUCGUGACAUCCUUUACCUCAUCGAGAACCAGAUGCCUUUCUUCGUUCUUGAGAGGAUUCACGCCCGCGCCACAGGAGGUUCCCGUUGUCUACUCCGCUACAUGGCAACAUAUAUCCAGAGUCUGCUGCAGGCUCAGCUGUACAUCAGCGCAGGGAAGCAGAAGUUGAUGGAGCAGCCAUGCCACCUCCUGCACCUAGUGCAUGCAUACUUGCGUCAAGCCAAUUUGCUGCCGUCUACUGAUCCGGAACCGCCGAGGCACACAGGUCGGUGGCGCCGGGCGACGGACUACCGCUUGUGUGCAAACCUGAAGUUCAUGCCACGGGACUUCGCGGACGAAGUGACUUCGAUCCUUGACGUGCGCCUUGAAGGAGGCACGCUGUGGAUCCCUCGCCUGCAAGUCUGUAGAGACACAUUGACACUCCUACGUAACCUGAUGGCGCUGGAGGAGCAGAUGCCCAAGAGGCCUGUCACGGCCUACUGCAUCUUCAUGUCGCAGGUUGCGUGUACGGUGGAGGACGUCCGGCUCCUGGUUGAUGCAAAGAUCCUCCAACACUUCGAGGGCAGCGACGACAUUGCCGCCCAAGGAUUUGCCGACCUCUGCAAUGGGGUGGUCAUGGACGUCCAUAACAUCGACAGGAACUAUCUCAAGCCCAUUUGGCAUGACCUGGAGAAGCGCCACAAGAGCCGUCCUCACAACUUUUGGGGCCAACGGUCACAGCGCUUGGCGAUCACCUUGGCAUUCCUAGUGGUUCUCGUCCUCCUUGCCUGUGUAGUGACGCAAACUUGUUAUGUAGUUAUCGGCUCUAGGCAAAACCCAAAACAUUAGUGCCAGUUUAGUUUCAACACCUUGUUAGAGGAUGCAGUACCGGAUUUAUUUUAUGUAUUCCUAUUUUUUUAGAAAAAAAUUCAACAAGAACCCCGCUUUGAAUUACCGAAGCCAUGAACCGUCCAGAGGUAACAUCAAUCAACAUCCAACAAGAAAUACUAGGCCUGUAAGAGAUUAUUUUUCCUGGUGUUUUUUAAAAUGAAAUUACAGCUGCUAUAAAAAUGCCGCGUGUGAUUCGGGUCAUUGUCGACGUGCGAUUUUUUGUAUGGCUUUCGUAUGUACAUGGGUUGUGAUGUUGAAUGCAUUCUAAUCAUGCGCCCUAUAGGUGUGAUUGUUGUUCUUAUUGUCUUUUGCUUGGAUCGACAGGUCACCAUUUUUACGUCGGUUCCCGUUUUAGCAGGCCAUCUGAGCAGUUCGUUUGUUGUGUAGUCGUCUUCCCGAUUAGUCAUGCACCGUGUGGAAUGGUACAGAUCCUUAUCUCUUCCUCUCUCCGAGACACAGGUCGAAUACCGGUCUCCAUCGCGCAUAUCAUCCAACCGCAUGCAAAUGUUUCCAAAGUCCUGGCUCCAACCAUACCCAUCCUCUGGGACAUCGCUGCGAGUACUUACUUUGGCUAUUGAGGAUGAUGAUGGAGUGUGUUUGAAAAUUUAAUUAUAAUGCGGUGUUUUGAUGGGUCUUUCGCGGUAUGGUUAUGUGUUAUGUGUUAAUCAGCCCGUAAUUAUGUGAGGAUUCUGUUUCAGUGUCUGCAUGUACUCUUGUCUUGCUAAAAUAUGACAUGUUGACAUUUCUUUUUCCUAGGCCGUGUAAGGGUGCACAAGACUUAUAUGUUUUCAUAAGUCGAUUGCUCCCGAUUUACCUGGAAAAUCACUUACCCGAUUAAAACGAAGAACCAAAUGUAAAAAUGAAGACCUCAACCGAAUAGAAAGCCUCCUAAACAAGGGGGUAUAGUUAACCAAAAGCG